AUUAGAGCACAGUGAAAUUCUUUUCUUUGCAUACCCCAGCCUGUCAGGAAGCUGGGGUCAGAGCGCAGAGUCAGCCAUGAUAUUAUUUAAUAAUAAUAAUAAUAUAAUAAGAAGAAGAAGAAGAAGAAGAAGAAUGCAUCAUUAUAAUAAUCUGUUGGGAUUCUUCUUCUUCUUAUUGUUGUUGGUGUUCCUAACAUUUUUUACAUUAACAAUAAUGCAAAUAAUAUACAAUAAAUAUUGUUUAUGUAUCAUGUUUUAUAAAUACAGAAAUUUAUAUUAACAAAAUGAUUUUUAUUUAACUUAUUUUUAUGUUACACUUUUGCUUUUUAUUAUUCAUAAAUUACAUUAUUAUUUUUAAGUUGUAUUUUAAUUGUUAUUAUUUCGUGGUUUUAUUUUAUUUAUUUAUUUAUUUAUUUAUUUUUUUCGUAAUACCAUGGACACAAAGCAGCGCAGCCGCUGCGCAGAUUUCAGCGAUCUGCAGCACAAAAACGAACUACUGUUUUCCGGGAAACAUUAGGUGAAGAUUUGCCCAAUAAAAAUCGCAGAAAGCUUAAGUCAAAGCUUAACGGAUGUUGUCGAGGCUCUGGUAUGUGUAUGAGCUGAUAUUCUUGAACAUCCACACAGACACAUUUUCUGGGAAGAGUAUUUCGAAGAACAAAAUGUAUUAGACAGUAGUAAACUAAACUAAUCUUGCGCAAAACUAACGCAACCAGUAUGCACGCAAGUGCUCUCUCUCUCUCGCGCGCGCGCGCUUUAUUUUUUUUUUUUUCCGUCCCGCCUUCGUUCAAUGACGCGCUUCCGCCAAGAUGGUCGUAGGAGCUUUCCCCAUGGCGAAGUUGCUCUAUCUGGGCGUCCGUCAGCUCAGCAAACCAGUGGCCAACAGGAUUAAAGCAGGAGCGCGGAGAAGUGAAUUCUUCAAGAGUUACAUAUGUCUUCCUCCGGCACAGCUGUACCACUGGAUCGAGAUGAAAACAAAGAUGAGGAUAAUGGGCUUCCGUGGCGCUGCCGUCAAACCACUUAACGAGGACGCGGCUGCGGAGCUGGGAGCCGAGCUGCUCGGUGAGACCAUCAUCUUCCUCAUCGGCGGCGGCUGUCUCGUAUUCGAGUACAGCAGGCAAGCGUCGAACAGCAGGAGAAAGGACGAAGAGCUGACGCACACUAUCAACAGCCUGCAGGUGCAAAUUGGAGAACUGGCCCUAACUACAGAAACUCUAGAUGCUCAGCUCCGUGAGGUCAACAGGCUUCUUCUGUCUUUGCCACCUGCUCCGAGUGGCAAAUAGUAACACCAAACAUCAAUGUGUGACGCUGGGUGGAACAGACAGACUAAAGCGGUGUGUGUGUGUAAAGUACUAAAAUACAAAUAAGCUCCGCCAUGUACAUAUGACAUUUAAUGAAAAUACUCACACACACACACACACACACACAUAUAUGUCAACAUUUAAGAGGUCAUCAGAACCUGUGGUUUAUUACAUGUACUCAUUUUAUGGCUUGGUGUUCAGUAUUGCGUAUAUGGAGAGCAAAUGUUUAAUUUAUUGGCACAGUUUAACCCAAGUUAAUUUGUUCUCUUAUCAUGCUCUGCGGAAACAUUUCAUAUUUCUCCGUGGGACUUUUCUGUAGUUCGUUCUAAAACUGUAUUGUAUCUGGAACAUUUUGAUUUGAUGCCUGUAGCUUGGUUCAGGUUUUAGAAUUUGUUUCUGAAUGCCUCAGAAUUCAGUUCAGCUGAAUUUGAUAGAAUCUAUGAAUUCCAGGAAAGUCUAAUCUUAUCCCGAAAGGGCCGGUUUUCAUUUCAACCAAGCAGAAGUCACACCUGAGUCUGUUGAAAGCCAAGAUCAACUGAUUAAACAGGUGGAAUCAGGUGUGGUUCCUUCUUGAUUGGAACAAAAACCUGCACCCACUCCGGCCCUUUGCGGAUAAGAUUGGAUAUCUCUGGUUUAUCCAGUAUUGACUUCCUGUUGCUCAGAACAGUGAGGGAACAUAAAGAGCUUUCACUUCACACACUGUAUGUGGUUGUCUGGAUUGUUUUGUGCAUUUGGUAAGGUUUGUCAUGCCUCCCCCUGGCUUCAGUUUCAUAAAACUCUAAAACACAAUUUUUCACUCAUUGUCAGUUAAUCCGUUAAUGAAACAACUUAGUUGUGUUCGAGCAAUGCAAAAGAUACUGCGGAUAGACUCUGGAUGAUUACAAUGAUUAUAAGUUUGACAAAAAUCGAAUACAUCCGACUUGUGAUUUCAAGCCCCAUGCCUGUGCACCGAUCCUGUUUGUAUUGAUUGAUGUCUGAAAUGACAUAUGCAUAGAGAUGUAUAUUGAUUAUUGUACAAUAAAACGAAUACCCUGCCAAUGUCUUGGCUGUUUUUUUUUUUCUUCUUGUAUCUUCGUUAUGAUGAUAUUGAAAGCGUUUGAACAUAUUGGGUGGUCCUAUAGUGUUCUAUAUUUUGAAAGGUUUUGUACGUACGCAACUGAAAUUCUAAAAUAGUGUAAAGAAUAUAUUUCUCUGAGAAAGGUAGGUACUGAUAGAAAUGGAAAAAUUGAGUGCCAAGCAUCCUUGGGGAUCUUCCUGUUUAUGUUUGUACAUACAUGUGCUUAAAAAAAAAAAAAAAAAAUUAUUUCACAUUGUUCAACAAAAUAAUCAACAUUCAGAUCAGCCAUCAACAUAAUCCAUUUUAAUAUAAAUACAAUAAUAAUAAU